GGUAGUUAAGGGUGUAAUUUAUCGAAAAUAGAAAAAAGCUAGCUUCUUUUAAUCAAUUAUUGCACAAAUAUGUCACGGAAAUAUUCUUAUAGGCAUAUUUAAUACAAUAAUGUGAUAAAUUCAUUUUUUAAGUUGCAAUUAAUUCAUUGAUUACUUUACCGCUGUUUGUUUUAGAUACUUUUAUUUGUUUAAUGGUGCAAAAAAGAAAAUGGUUUACUACGGACGAUAUAGCUACGGGUAGAUCCAAUUGUUUUUGUAUAUGUGAUUUUUUUCCGCGUUAGAAAUGGAGUAUCUUUUACAAAUUUGUGUCAUACUUGUUACAGUUUCCCCAUCAAUGCAACAAUGUUCGAGUUUCCCAUCAGCCUUGGAUGGCACAUGGACUAGCACAAGUUUUGAAACUAUCACAAUCGACUCGACUUCUAUGUCUUUAUCGAUGACAAAAACAUUCCAAUCAUCACAUACAGCCAGCCACUUUGAUUGUGUUCUAAAUUCAGGAACGCAAUACGUGUUCAAGAUGAAUCAGACGGUUCAAAUCCUUGGCAAUACCCUUGACGUGUAUCCGUAUGGCUGUUUCGACUUUAGACAAGCUAGUACAUAUUCGUAUUACUUCUACUUAAAUUCAGCUACUGAAAUAACCUUAAGUGAUCUAAGAUUCAGGGCUAUUCUGACAACAAAUGUUGACACGAUUACUUCACUUACGGAUAUAUGUAAUUCAUCCACAGUUGAUACAGCAGAGUUUUACACUAUGAUCAAGACAGGAAAUGAGACUGCAGCAAUAUCGGCCAUCCAGUGCCCGGACCCUAUCCUUGGAUUUUUCCAGUACACGUACACCGAUCAAACCGGUACUUAUUGUGACAAUGUGAACACAUCGACUAUAAUUGCCUGUAGUAACCAAAGCCAUGCAGAGUUAUUAAUUGAUAAUACAGGAUGUACAACGAAAGAGCCUUUUUACUCUGCUGGAGGUGAGGUUGGAUGCAUUGCAACCAUAUACGUUUCCUCUACGUCCACUUACUACACGUCAUACUAUAACAAAGAUGCGAGCCUCUCUUUAACUUCAAGUCGAUUUACCUGCGUUGCAAUGCAACAGAACUCAAAUGGGACCGUAUAUCUUAGUCUAAUAAAGACAGAUUGCGUGGCGGGGCAGUCCGCUACACAGUUACCUGUUAAAGGUACCGAGAUAGGUGCAGCAAUGGUGCUCGAACCCACAUAUACAUGUAAAGAAAGAAUAAAUCACAUUUGAAAUGGUGUUUUUUGUGUUUGUUGCAAUUGGUUUUAUGUUAUUACAAAUGAAGUGAUGCACAUAUUAGUCAUUUGUUGGUUGACAAAUAGUCAAAUAGUCUGAUUGUUGAUAUAUUAGGAGACACGUAGAUGGACUUGGAUGGAU